CGGAAUUCGCGCGGCCGGUUUCUGUGUGUGUGUGUGUGUGUGUGUGUGUGUGUGCGUGCGUGCGUGCGCGCGGGCCUCCCGGGAGUCCUCAGCGGGCGCGCAGCGGGCCGGGGAGCAGGCAGCGAGCCGCCGCUUGGUUUCUCCAGGAAAGAGAAAAGAGGAAGCAGUUCCGCCCUCCGAGAAGCAGCCGGAGCCGCAGGCCGAGCAGAGCAGCGGGAGGACCCCCGGACCCCCGGAGCCCCGGAGCCCAGAGCCGACCCGCCCCGCCGCGCAUGGACAGCUGCGCAGCCUCGCGCACGGACUUUGCCUUUUCCCGGUCUGAAGCUGAACUCUGGAUCCGACAUGAGCGCGCGACUGUGAAGCUGCGCCCGUAGAGAGAAAGAAGAAGAAAAACUCCCGACAGCGUCAACAGGUCCGUGGAUCCCCCCCACCCCCUCCAGAAGCUCCAGACUCGGCCUCAGGCCCGGAAGGAUCCCGGUCCGGACGGAGACAGCGGCUCACCGGCGGCAUGAGCGGAGAGGAGGAGCGGUACAAGCUGGUGGUGGUGGGAGGCGGAGGGGUGGGCAAGAGCGCGCUGACCAUCCAGUUCAUCCAGUCCUACUUCGUGUCGGACUACGACCCCACCAUCGAGGACUCCUACACCAAGAUGUGCACGGUGGGGGGGAAGGAGACCCGGCUGGACAUCCUGGACACUGCAGGUCAGGAGGAGUUCGGGGCCAUGAGGGAGCAGUACAUGCGCUCAGGAGAAGGCUUCUUACUGGUGUUUGCGCUCAACGACCGGGGCAGCUACCACGAAGUGCAGAAGUUCCACACCCAGAUCCUGAGGGUGAAGGACCGGGACGACUACCCCAUGGUGCUGGUGGGGAACAAGGCCGACCUGGAGCAGCAGAGAGUGAUCUCCAGAGAAGACGCUCAGGCGUUCGCCAGAGAGAACAGGAUCCACUACAUGGAGGCUUCAGCCAAGAACCGCUACAACGUGGACGAGGUCUUCAUGGAGCUGGUGAACAUCAUCAGGAGGUUUCAGGAGCUGGAGAGUCCUCCUCCUCCCACUCACCACGCCAGGAAGCAGAAGAGCGGCGGCUGUCCCUGUGUCCUCCUCUGAGCAGCGCUCCACCCACAGCCUGUCCACUGAGGGGUGUGUGUGUGUGUGUGUGUGUGUGUGUGUGUGUGUGUGUGUGUGGAUCAGAAAGGGCGCAUCAUUAUCUUUCCAGAUGGUUUUUUUUUGCACUUUUGCCAGAAACAACUUUAAAGUCAGAGCGACUGUGGACGUUCAUGGACGGAGGUGAAAGGCGGAGCGUCCGUCACACCGCCACCUGGCGCGCACGUGAAACAACACCGCCCGCACGUCAGCGCGCCACGGACACCACACGUGGCAGUUCUUUCUGGUUUCAUUUGCUUUACACAGUAAAAGUUCAAGAAAACCAGGCCAGAACAGAGGGAUGAGUCAGACCAGGCAGGAGGGGGAGGACAGCAGGUCUUAGUGUCAAAUAAACCUUAAACUGUUGAAGCUUUUUCUCUUUUGAACGCACCUAUUAAUCCUCUUUACCUGUUGGUAUUGCCGAACGACAUUAACAGAGUAAUAACGAGUCGCAUCCAGCUGUGUUACUCACAGCUGCGCCGAGUUUACUGUUGACCUUCACAAUCUGUCUGCAGAGGUCAGAGGUAAAGAGCCCCAGUGGACAAAAGACAGUUAUUGAGUCCUUAGCAGGACAUUUACAGCGUUCACCAGUCCUUUACGACUCGUUAACACUGCGUCAACGAGUUGUUAAGGACUCGUUUUCACUGCGUUAAGGAGUAGUUAACACUGCUAAAGACUCGUUAAGGACUCGUUAACACUGUUAAGGACUCGUUAAGAUCUCGUCAACACUGCGUUACGUAACGCUGCGUUGUCGACUGGCGCCUUCAGCUGCUCGCUCAUGUUCGUGGUUGAACUGCAUGUUGUAAAUCGCUCCGUUGUGAUUGGAUCCAGUUCAUUCCGUGUUUGGUGUUUCACAAACCCUCAUUAAAAGUUUUGCCUGAAACUUCACCGCAGCGUGAUCUGGGCGCAGCGGUGUGACGGUGUGUUUCUCUGGGUUUCCAUGGCGACACACUGGCAGCAGGCUGGCCGCUGUUAGAGGCGUAUUUUGGUUCACAUUCAAGCGUCAACGUUCAACAUUUGUUGUGCAGAAACAAUCGAAGCAUGUCUGUAUGCGCUCUGACCAGCGAGGUACGACUGGCUGUGGUCGUGUGACGACAGCUGAGCCGUUUCCGUGACAACUGAGUGACGGUGGCGUGAGCUCUAAAGUCCUGGAAAAGCCGAAGUGACCUUGAGAUGCUGUGUAGCAGCGCCAGCCGCCGCACAGGCUCUGUAGAACAAGCCAGUAGAACGGCCCCGUUUCCAUUUCAGGUACUUCCUUCUUCUGCUUUUAAUUUGAAAGAAACGGCCGGCUGAAGAUGACACCUGCUUUGUCGAACACUCUGUUGCCUUUUCUUGUUAAAGAGGAUUCAUAUUUUCCUUGGAGCAUACAGUCACGUUGUCAGUUUUAUAUUGCGAUGACCAAUCACUUUUAUACUUCAUUAAAACAUUUAUUUCAA